UUCCUGGCUUCGGCUCCGCUCCAAAGGCGUGCGAAGGGCGCGCCCCCCAGGGAAAGAGGCCAUUGGUUUUUUCCUCAAGCAGGGCGGGGCACGGCCAAAAGAGGCUGAGUUGGCGUUAGGAAACAGCCCCCUGGAUCGGGCUCAAGGAGAGAACCGGACAUCUUUGCGAAAGCCGAAUAAACGCGGGCCGGAGGAAGCAGCACCGAGCGCGGCCGGAAGGAACCGAGCCCGCGCGAAGGGAGUUCAGGGCGGUUGGGCGCUGGGCCCUGCGGAGACAGCAACAUGGCAGCAGAUGGGACAGCUGUGGUCGGAGCCGGGGCUAUCAGCGGCCACCUGGCCAAGGACAGUUUAGGGUGGACUAAACUCCCCAACGCGACCCCGAACCGGAGGCGCUCCUCCUCGCUGUCGCGCGACGCUGAACGCAGAGCCUACCAAUGGUGCCGCGAGUACCUGGGCGGGGCCUGGCGCCGAGUGCGUCCCGAAGAGCUGAGGGUUUGCCCUGUGAGCGGAGGCCUCAGCAACCUGCUUUUCCGCUGCUCGCUCCCGGACCACCUGCCCAGCGUUGGCGAGGAGCCCCGGGAGGUGCUGCUGCGGCUGUAUGGGGCCAUCCUGCAGGGUGUGGAGUCCUUGGUACUUGAAAGCGUGAUGUUUGCCAUCCUUGCAGAGCGGUCGCUGGGGCCUCAACUCUAUGGAGUCUUUCCAGAGGGCCGGCUGGAACAGUACCUCCCAGUACGAGCCCUGUCCUUCCUCAAUCCCUGUCUCCCUCCCCCAGUGUCUUCCUCCACAUCCCCAGGCUCCUGGGUGCAGAGCCGGCCAUUGAAAACUCAAGAGCUUCGAGAGCCAGUGUUGUCAGCAGCCAUUGCCACGAAGAUGGCCCGGUUCCAUGGCAUGGAGAUGCCUUUCACGAAAGAACCCCGCUGGCUAUUUGGGACCAUGGAGCGGUACCUAAAGCAGAUCCAGGACCUGCCUUCUACUACUCUCCUACAGAUGAACCUGCUAGAGAUGUACAGCUUGAAGGAUGAGAUGGACAACCUUAGGAAGUUCCUAGACUCUACCCCAUCUCCAGUGGUCUUUUGCCACAAUGACAUCCAGGAAGGGAACAUCUUGUUGCUUUCAGAGCCCGAACAUGCUGACAGCCUGAUGCUGGUUGAUUUUGAGUAUAGUAGUUACAACUACAGGGGCUUUGACAUUGGGAACCAUUUUUGUGAGUGGGUUUACGAUUAUACUCAUGAGGAAUGGCCUUUCUACAAAGCACAACCCACAGACUACCCCACUCGGGAACAGCAGCUCCAUUUUAUUCGACAUUACCUAGCAGAGGUAAAAAAAGGCAAGACUGUUGCUCAAGAGGAGCAGAAAAAACUGGAAGAAGAUUUGCUGGUAGAGGCCAAUCGGUAUGCUUUGGCAUCCCAUUUCUUUUGGGGUCUAUGGUCCAUCCUCCAGGCAUCCAUGUCCACCAUAGAAUUUGGUUACUUGGAAUAUGCCCAGGCUCGGUUCCAGUUCUACUUCCAGCAGAAGAGGCAGCUGACCAGCGUCCACUCAUCCUCCUGACUGUCCAACCCUCAGUCCUUGGAUUUCUCUUAGAGCCUCCAGGGCAGGACCUUGGGGAAUCUUGAGAGCAAGAAACCUUGGGGACUGGGCCUGUCCCUGAGUGAGAGAGUGGUUGAGGAGACCGACCUUUCUGCAAGUUUGAGCAGGUCUCUGGGGCAAGCAGGGAGACGGGAGCCCCUUGGCUGUAUACCUUAAUAAAUGAGUUUGUUCCUUCACA